AUUAUUUUACAUUCGACGACUGUCCUAUCGUACAAAAUACCGUUUUAUUUGUAACAUUUCAUUAGUGUGAUGUCAAAUAAUUUAUAGCGUUUAUAAUAAUAGUUAAUAAAAAAUAAUAUUCUGUUUUUUAUUUUUAUUAUAUGUGAACAUUUUAAACAUUUUAAAUCAAUACUAUUGACUCGGAAACAAAUACAUUAAAACGGAAAAAUAUUACAAUAAUAUUAUAGCAAAAAAAAAAAAAAAAAAAUGAUUUCUGAAGAAGAAAAUAAUAUCGUCCAUUAUGAUGUAAAAGUGAUAAACGCAUACAAGAGUUAUGGAGUAAAUAAAAUAAUUAAUGGCUUGAACAUGAACGUAGCAUCGGGUUCUAUGUAAGUAAUAUACUUAAUUAUUUCGUUUACACGUAUUUUAGAUUCAGAGCGUGGCGAGGGAUCUAUUGGUUUUACUGUGUUUUUUUUUUGGGACUGAAGAACAGACAAAACAGAAAAAACAGAAAAAAUAAUAUUCUAUUAUUUUAAAUUUUGAUUUUAGAUUCCUCGCUACGAAAGGGAACUAUUGGUUUUACUAAGAUGUUAAUUUAUUUUCUUUUUCUAGUGUGUAGACACGUUUUUUCCUAGUAAACUUGCUCUGAUUUUUAUGUGUAGCAACUUUUCUGAAAGCUCAAGUUAUCUUAAUUGUACUUUAAAGAGGUCAUUUUUUUGAUUUUUGAUGCCAUUUAUUUAAAAAUAAAAACACUUAAGUGGGAAAAAAACGUAUAAUUUCACGAUUUCAUUAUUUUAUAAAAACACGGACGUUUUCUACUAGUACAAAUGAUUUAAUCGAAAAAUCACAACAUAUCUUUUUUAAUUUACUUUCUUACGGUAUCAUUAUUAAAACUUUUGAGUUUUUAAGGAAUUUUAAUUUUUGUGAAUUUUUUUCUGUAAUUCGGUUAUAAAUUCACGGAGAAACUUGAAACUAGGUAAUAAUACUUAUAUUGGAUUUCCCUAAAUGUGGUCAAAUUUCCAAAAUCAUCAUACGAUUUUUUUUUUUAAAAGCGUUUUGAAAUCAAAUUUAAACGAAAAUAUCAAAAAAAAUUACGGCACUUCAAAUUAUGUAUUACCGAACUGCACUCGGAAUCGUCUUUCGUCAAACAAUGGUUUAUCGUUGCUUACAUAUAUAUAUAAAAUGACUUUAUGUAUCCUACCUUUCCAAAUUUUCACCUACAACAGUGGCCGUUCUCAUCCCCAGUAUCAGCUCUUUUUUUUUAUGUAAUUUUGUUAAAAAUAUUUGCAGGGAUUUUGUAUUUUAAUAGAAAACUUAUAUUUGAUUUUUCUAGACCUGGUAAGAUUUUAAACAAAUUUAAAACAUUUUUGAGCUACUUAUAGACAAUUUUAAUUUUAAGAGUUUUUACGUGAUUUUUAUUCGGUAAAAUACUCUGUGGAUAAAAUUGUCUGACUAAACAGAAAUGUUUGAAAAUUCAACAGGAAGUUCAUUAUAAAUCAUACGUUGUGAUAAAAAAAAAAUAUUGAGUUUAAUGUAAUAUUUUAUUUUAUAAAAAUUUUAAUAUCAAAUUUUUACGAAAAUCGUAAAUAUUACCACUUUUUAAAACAUGUAUAGCUGAACUUCGAAUCGCUUUUCGUUAGUAACAAUUUAUCAUGGUAUACAGACAUAAAUUAAAUUAGCUUCUAUAUGCUACAUUCUCAACUUCUAAUUUACAAUUGUACUCGUCUUGUAAAUUUGUUCGGUUUUUUUUUUUUAAAUAGUUAACUAUCAAUCACAUUAUAUUUUAAAUUGAAAUAAGAUAAGGAAAACAUAAUUUACGUAUAUUUUAUUUAUAACUUUUAUUUGGUUUUAAAUAAUACAAUAUAAAUAUAAAUUUAAUAUGCCCAUAAUAUUUUCCUUUUUUUUCGUGGGUAUCUAAUAUCUAUGAGAGUAUAUUAUAUCUUAAUACUCACUAUACAUUUGUUAUGCAUAAUACAUAUGAUAUUUUUAAACAGUUAUGGCCUAUUAGGGCCCAGUGGCUGUGGUAAAUCGACACUACUCCAAUGUAUUUUGGGUUCGAUAGCAUUAGACUCUGGAAGUAUUAAUUUAAAAGUACAAAGUCUAUCAGAUGUUGGAUACAUGCCUCAAGUAAAUCGUUUAAAAAUUACGAAAUCCACUGUUUUUAAAUAACAUGUUUUAAAUAUUUUAAAGGAUUUAUGUUUGGACGGUAAACUGAAUAUAAAAGAAACUUUAGCAUACUACGGAGCAUUACAUAAGAUGAGCGAGAAAAAUAUUGUGACCAGGAUAAAGGAACUCAAAAAUAUCCUCAGCUUACCAGAUUUGGAUACUUACAUCGAAAAUUUAAGGUAAAUAUAUUGAUUACUAAUUUACUAUUGUUAUAAAUAGAAUAUAGUACCAUUGACUAUAAAUACUAGUAUUGAUAAUCAAUGUUAGUACUUAAUUGAUUCGUUGAAUAAGUAAGUAUUUCAAAUUUAUUCAUGAUUACGACUGCACUCAAUUCUAAUUCAGUAUGGAUGUCUGAAUUUAAACUUAAAUAUGUAGUUAAAAUAGGUAAUUGUAUGGGUACUUACUAGUUAAUCGAUCUAUCAUAACUAUUAUCUAAUACAUUGAAAUAUAUUAAGUAGCUAUUUAUAUAUUUACAUAUUUAAUAUGUCCCCGGAUGAAAAUGUUACCAUAAUUUAUAUACCUAAUAUGCUCGGGUGUAAACAGUUAAUAUUAUAAAGUAAAUAUACAGGGUAUUCCACGAAAACAUAGCCAUUACAAUAUUUCCUGAGAUAAUGAAGAUAAUAAAAUUAUCUGCUACUUAAAAUGACUUUUGUUCUAUUCAAUAUUUUUGAUAUAUUUUUUUUUUCAAUUUAUUAGUAUGCCCCUGUGCUACAGCUUAUUUUUUAUACAUUUUUUUUUCAGGGGCAGGGGACUUAAAAUAAACAAUUUAAAAUUUUACUAUAAUUUUUAAAAAAAAAUUCAAAACAGCCAUAUUUUAAAUAGAUUUUUAGAAUAUUUUUGGUGGUUGAAACUAAAGUAGUUAAAGUAUGGUCUUUUAUUUUUUACGAUUUUUUUGAAAAUUUAAAUAAUUAUUUUUCAAUCAUAAAAAUAUUGUUUAUCAACAUAAAUGACCAUUAUUGAUUGAUUGAUACUACCUAAUAUUUAUAAUAUAAUAAUGGCAUGAUAUUAAUCCAUGGAAAAGAAAAUCAUUGUCAUGUGCCCUGAUUAACAACUGAAGAUUAAAUAUUUUGAUAGAAUAACCACAAUAGGUAAUAUUCACAAAUGCAAAAACUUAAAAAAUCAUAGAAAAUAAAAGACCAUUCUUUAAAAUAAGUUUCAACCACCAAAGAUUUUCUAAAAAUUUAUUUUACAAAAUUUUGAAUUUUUUAUUUUAAGUCCCCUUCCUUCUAAAAAAAAAAUGUACAUACAUACACUGUAGCACAGAGGUAUAUUUAUUAUUUAAAAAAAAUAUAUAUCAAAAAUAUUGAAAAGAAUAAAAGUUAUUUCAAUUGACAGAUAAUCGUGGGACACUUUGUAUAUGUCAUAUUUUAUAAAAUAAUUACGUUUGCAUUAAACAUUUUCUUUAAUUAAUGUUUAUUUAAUAUUGUACUUAUUUUCUCGUUCUUUCUUUUUUUCCAUGUUUUUCCCAAUUGUUGGGAAAACUUCUGGGAAAAUCAAAAAAAUAACCUCCCUAAAGUACCACUCUAAUCAGAUUUUAUUUUAAAAAAUUUCCAUAAUUGUAAAUUGGAGUAAAAUUGCUAGUAGAAAAGUCAUUUACAAGAAAAAAAAAAAGCCGUAAUAUUUUUUUACUAAUAUCUACAUUUCGUACAUUUUCCCGUUUUUCCUUUGUUUUUAGGAAGUGAUAAAGUCACUGUUGAAGGUGGGAAAUUGGGAAUGUAAUUUGAAACAAAUCGUAUUUUGUGAUUUUUUCCAAUCAUUAUGAAAACUAAUUUAGAUAUCUGAAAAUGAUCGUCUCUGUCAGUGGCUAAAUAUUAAAUAGAACAAAAUCGAUCUCUUGUUAUCUUUUAAGCGGACAAAGAUUUCUAGUAGAAAACAUCGUUUGUGAAAAUUGAAAUAAUUAAACUGGGACGCCAAGUUGCCAUAAAUAAUAAUUUCAAUCAAUAUGACCAUUCCGGUACACGAUACAAGUCGUGCACGCAACGUUUCAAUAAUACCGGCGCAUAUUUCGUCCUUCAAUUGAGAAUGACUAGUGCGCGUUAUAUCACAGCAGUAUGCAAUAUCCAUUUAAUCCCGUAUACAUGGCUUUUAACGGUACAGCACAAAGAAUGUCGGCGCGUUAGGUUAGGUUUACCGGUUCUGUGACCGUAUUUAUAACGUACCGCGUACUUCUGCAUUGUGUCAGAACCUUUUCGGCGAUAUUAUGGAGUCGAGAAAAUAAUUUAAUAGGUAUUGUAUUGUAUAUUGUACACUAUGAACAUCGAUAUUGCAUUACACCCAUUUGUUUAUGUUUAUUUAGUAGGUAGUAUUAUAUUGUUGUGUUUUGAUCGGUUUUUUUGAAAAAAAUAUUUUUGAAUUGAUUAUAGUGGCGGCCAGAGUAGAAGGGUGUCUCUUGGUAUUACUUUGUUCCAUGAUCCGGAAGUUGUUAUACUGGACGAACCGACCGUUGGACUCGAUUCGUUACUGAGAGAACAGUACAUUUUUUACUCAAUUACAUAUUAAUACUUUAAAUAUAAUACAUUUAAAAAUAGUAUCAAUAUCUAAUUGAAAAAAUUAUAUUUUUAGAAUAUGGGUUGAGUUUAGAAAAAUGGUUGAACAGCAUAAAACAACAAUUAUUAUAACCACUCAUUACAUCGAAGAAGCGAAUCAAGCCAAUUGUGUAAGUACUAAAUACAAUAAUAAACGUAAAUAAAUAUUUACGUACAACACAAUAGCACAUCACAAUAUUGAAAUGAUAAGAAGACACUUUUACCAGUCUAUUUUUUCAAUACAAUUUUUCUUAAUAAUAUUUUUCCGAAAAACAGUUUUUCACAAUGCUUGUUUUACUAAAAUUAAAUUUUCCAAAUACCAUAUUUCUUAAUAAUUAAUUCUCCCAAUACUAUAUUUUCUAAUAUCACAUUUCCCAGUACAAAAGAUGAUUAUUUUUGAAUGUAAAGAAUAUUAAAAUAUUUUAAUUUUUAUAUUAUAAUAAGAAUACACCCAACAAUUAGGACUUAGAACAGUUAUUUUUGGAUAGAUUUAUCAAAAAUAAACAUAAUAACGUAAUCAUAUCUUAGUAUUAAAUCUAUUUAGUAUUAACAUAUAUUAGUAUUUAAUACUUGUAGUACCAUUUAACAUUUAAAUAUUGAUUUAACCUGGUUAAACCAUAGCAAGAGGGAGUUCGUUGACUGCCACAAGGUGAGUUACAGCUAAUCAAAAAUAAAAAAUAGGAAAAUAUAAAACCAGUAUCCAGUUCGGAAUAUUAUUAUUAUUCCGUUUCAAAUUUAUACAGUAUUUUAUUUAAUUCGCUUAAUUGUAUUUCUUUUCUACUUCUGAUAUAUUAAACAUAAUAAUUAUAACUUUAUUAUUCUCGAAUUUGCAUAAUGUAUUACUACAAUAUACGUCCUCGACGAUUUCCUGUUUUUUUCAGCACGCAUAUCUACGAUAGGUAUCGAUAUGAUUGUUUGAGUUCUUGGCAUUAAUUUGGAAUUAAAUCGUAAUUUGUUGCAAUAUAUACACUUAUUUAGGUACCCAAUAGAUUGUUGAAUACUUUUUUGCCUUCGGCUCACAACGCGGUAACCAGGUUUAUAGAUAAUGCUAGUGUAGAAAGAAUUGUAUUUUCUCCACCGCCCUUUCUAAGCGUAUAGACAACCGUCUCACGGAGGAGAAUGAGUUAGACGUCGGCACUACGUCCACGUCCGUUUUACAUUCAUAACCGAUUAUCAGGAUGAGUAUAGCCGUCUAUGUACCGGAAUAUUAAAUAUAUAUUUUUCUGAAGAAAUAAAUACAGUCUAUGGUAAAACAACAGUGACAAUUACCGGGUAUAUAAUAUAGGGAGAACCAAAUACAGGAGCCGGCUUUCGGUAUUUGCAACUACUGUAUAGGUUUGGAAAAAAAGGUAUGGUUGGAGUGAGCGAGCAACAAAUGUUUGCUUCUGCUGGCGAACCCAGAGAAGUCAUUUAAUUAGUGAUGUAUGUAGAUAAUUUAUUUCAAAUCAAUUUAUGUACUGUAUUUUUUUUUGUAUACAAAUUAGAAAAUAAACAAAUAAAUAAAAAUAAAAUAAUAAGAAUAAUAAACGUAGUAACUACGUGUUAUUAAAUAAUGUUCAAUAAAAACGAGACGUACGAUUAUCGAGUAUAAUAUAAUAUUAUGUUAAUAGAAUAUUAUUUUUUUCAAUCCGGUUAUUUAAAAACAAUAUUAUAUAAAUAUUAAUUAUUAAAGAGUUAAUUUAGUUAAUUUUUUUAUUGUCAUUACUGUUGUAGGUUGGUUUAAUGAGAAACGGAGUACUCGUAGAAGAAGGUUUGCCUCGAGAUAUUAUUGCCAAUAACCACUCGAAUUCAUUAGAAUCGGCAUUUCUAAAAAUAUGUUAUAAACGACAAGAAGACAAUGUUAGUCGUAUUUUUAUUUUUAUAUUAUGAUCACAUAAACCAUUUUAAAUCGCCUAAAAUAAACAACUAUUUUGUUUUAUUUGUAGCCAUUAUUAAUACGCACCUAUUAUAAAUAUUAAAAUUAACAAUUUAUUUUUUUUUUAUAACAAGGGGUUAAAUGCACUGUCUACAACAUGAAUUCUAAAAUGAAAAUUAUAUUUAUAAUUAUUAGAUACCUAUUAUUAUUUGUAUUAAAUAUUAAUUUAUUUUCUACUCUAUAAAUACUAAUCAUUUCACUUAUUUAUAUUUCGGUUAUGUUCUUAAUUUCUUAUCUCUACGACGAAGAACUGUUGUUUGUGAUAAUGCCUUUAUUUAUAACAAGUACUUAUCCGGACAAUUAUUUAUCCAUGAAAUAUAAAUUAUAAUAUUCUGUACUAAUUAUGGUCAUACAUGUAUAGAAUUCUCGAAUAUUUUUCCAAAAGGAUUAUUAUUUUCAAGUUAGGUGCUAAAUAUUUUUGUAAUAAAAAUAAUAAUUUAUUUAAUUUAACCCCUCCAUCCUCACAAAAAAGAAAACAAUUUUGGUUCAGCUACGACCUUGGCUCCAGUAUAAUUUUAUAUUUAGUAAAUAAAUAAUUAUAUUAUUACUUAAAAUUUUGGGAUCGGGUAUAUUUAAAUUAUGAACAUAAUAAUUGGUACCCUAAAAUACGUUUGUUGAAAUGAGGCAUUAUUAUUAUAAACUUAAUUUAUUUAUUUGUUUAGUUAAUUCAUAAUGAACAUUGUGUUCAGAACCGUGAAGUGAUCACAACUGAAGCGAAACAUAACAAUAAUAAAUUAAUGAAAUCCAGUACUAACAUGGAUUUGGAUAGAAUUAAAGUGUUAAUAAAAAAAAAUGUUCGCACAAUGUUCAGAGAUUACGCGUAAGUAUAUAAGAAAUUUAUUAUAACUAUAAAUUGUUCGUAAAUUUAAAAUACACAAUUUCUUCUUUUUCUUCUUCUUAAUGAGUUUCAGCACAUUAAGCAUACCUUCCAACUUCAAAUUUUUCGACAUCUUUCCUUGUACAGUGUAAAUUCUUUUCAAUAUAUUUCUUGUUCCAUUACUCUGCCAUUUUUUUAACAUUGUCUUUCUGUUUUUAUUGUGUUCAUCUUAGGUAUGGUUUUCCUGAGGCAAUUUUCCUAAUCGGAUCUUUAUUAAUUAACAUUUUUAACGGUCUUUCAUUUAAGAAUUUUCGGUCUAUAUUAGGCUUCUUUUCGUAAUUUAUUUUAUUAUAUCUGGUCGUUUGAACAAGUUCACCAACUGAUGGUGUAUUCUUUCUUCACUUUCAGUUUUAGAAUCAAUACAUGGUCCAUCAAUUUUUCAUAGAACUUUUUACUCGAUCACUGCAACUGCUAUUUCUUCAGCCAUUAUCAUGAGCCUAUAUCACAGACUUGGACAAAACUAUUGGCUGUGUUACAGUAGUGUAUAAAUUAAUUUUUAAUCUUUUUAAAAAACCUUGAAACUAAACAUAUUUUCUAGACCAUAUUAUUAUAAUAUGGUAAUAUAUUUCCUAUUAGUAUCCUUCUAUUUACUUCAAUCUAACAUUUUAUUGAUUUAUUUUUUAUAACACUAGAUAUUUGACGCGCAUAAUUUAAUAAUUACUGCUUGCAUGUUUUGUUGAAUAGGUUUUUGUUUACCAUGCUUAUACUUCCCAUAAUACAAACAUUCGCAAUAUGCAAUGCUAUUGGCACCAACAUCAAUGACUUGGCGAUAGCUUUUCAAAACGACGAGAUCGAUUUUUCAGAUUGCCGCCGGAACAAUAUUGACGGAUGUGUUUUCAACAAUAAAAACAAUCAAACAAUAAGUUGUGAUAUACUGAACCAUCUCGCGUCGCUGUAUACAUUAGUAAGUACUAAUAAAAUAAGUAUGUAAUAAGGUGCUAUUUUGAUGUCUAGUUGUCUUUAAAACUAUAUGCGUAUUUUUAAUUCUAUUGAAGAUAGCUUCUAUUUGACCAAACCAUAUCCUGAAAUAAGGGAUAAAACGGUAUUUUACGAAAAUAUUGUAUGGGAAUGAUUAAUUAAUAAUAUUAAUAUAGAGUUAUAUUUAAGUUUAUUGCUAAUAUAAGGCCAUAUUUUUUUUUUUAUUUAGAACGAUAUGAAAGACCGAAAUAUCGAUGAAUUGAUUUUGAAAAAAUCCAACAACAUAGCAUUCAUCCAUUUUCCCAAAAAUUAUUCCAUACAAUUUUUUAAAUUCUUUGAUGAUCACGAAAAUUACAAUAUAGAAUCGCAGGUUUCCGUAAAUCUAACCAAAUAUAGUUUGUACCGAAUAUUAAAUUUAAUUAUUCCGCCGUUUUAUUUUUUAAAAUUUUAUGAAAUCGCAUUAAAUUUCAGAUAGUUUGUAUACAAAUCGUUUGCUCAUAGAUCUGACGAACACGAUGAAUCAUGUGGCCGAGAAUAUCUUAAACAGUUGCUCAAAAAAUCCACGAGCACUCAGUAUACCUGUAGUAAGACUUAUGAAAUCAUUAUUUGUAAUAUAUGAUGUAUUAGUUAAUUUUUGAAGUUAGUUUAAAGUUAGAUUAUCAAUUAUACUUAAACUAUAUUAGUAUACUCGUAAGUAUUCUAUUUUGUUUACUUUAUUAUUUAAGUGCUUUUGGGGAGAAAGUGUUUUGUAAAAACAAACAAAUUGUUUGGGUGUCUGACUCGUGAGUAUACUACAUAGAGCUGUGAAAAAAAUGGAUUUUAUAGAUUCAAUCCGCACAUUUAAAGUGAUUGACUUGUUAAGUUCCAUUUCAAGCUCUUAUUUUUACGUGCUUUGUUUGUAAAUCUACUAAGUGACAAAUGUUUUGGAGGCAUUUUGUUUGUAUUAGAUGAAGUCUGAAUAAUAUGUGCUAUUUGCCGGAGUCAAAAUAUUGUGCAUGUUAAAUAAAUAGCACAAUAGAAUUGAGUAAUUCACUGAAACAAAAAUCACUACGGAAAAUAUACAAAUUCAAAGAUACGUCGAUGACGUUUUAUGUGUUUUCACUUGUAACCAUAGAUACCUAAAUUAAAAUUCUUAAACGCGGUGAAAAUAAUGUCCAACAAUUCACCAACAAAUGUAUUGGAUUAAUUUGAUCGAUGUCUGCCAAUGUCACGCUGCCAAGUUUAUAAGACCUACCUUCUCAGCCCAGAGAUUGCACUACAAUAAUUAAUAACAGUUUAGUUUUCCGUGUUACCAAGGUAACCAAUUGUAAAUCAAUAAAAAUAAUUUAAUUUAAUAAUUUAAUACUAAAAAUACCUAAAAACCGAAUUUUAAGGGAUCGUAUUCAAAAAGAAGUGGAUUUCAAUAACUAUAAAUCUUCAUCGGACAAUGUAGAACAUUUUGUAUGUCAGUGCGUAAAAUACAAACAAAUAUAGGAUUUUAUAUAUUAGAUACAGUUACCUAUUUUAACUUAUUUUUCGAAUUUCGGCGUUUAAACCCAUCAUUCGUAAAUGCAUCUGCCAAAUAUUUAAAAAUAAUAUGGUUCAACGUUACUAGGAAAAUAUUUGAGGGAAAAAGUGAUGGGAAAAAUGAUAAAUUUAAGUUUGUUUUCAGAAUUGUAAUCGAAUACUAUACUUUAAUAAGUUUGUCACUGUUAUAUUAUUAAAUAGAUACGAAAGGUAUAUACCUGUUUUUAGCGAAAACUAAAAUAAGUUGUUAGUGCUCCUUACAGGAGUAGGUACCUAUAAUUCCACAAAAAACAUUUUACUGCACACACUGUUAUAAUUCUUUCAGCUUGGAGAAAUAAUCUUUAAUCAACUGCUUUAUAAUGGUAGGGCUUGACAUGAUCGUAAAAAAUGCUCGUUUCUAAUAUAAUCAUAAUAAUUUAUAAUAUAUAAUAAUAUCAUAUUGUAUACCUAAAUAUGAUUUAAUAUAGUUACUUCUGUCUUCUUGUUUAUAGAAGUUAACCGUCGUAUCCGGAGUGGACGUUAAAUCCUAUACUGAUUGCAUAAUUUCAAUUUUCAUAGUAAUGUAAGUAUUCAAUGAAUUUCUUUUUUUAAACAUAAUAUGCUGCAUAAAAAUUUAUUAUAUUUGAAUUAUUUCAAUAAUGUUUAAUUUCAAUAAUCAUCUUUUAUAACAUUUAAGAACAUUAAAAAUUUAGAAGUAUCUUGGAUUUAAAAUGUAUGUAAAAAAAAAAAAAAAAAAAAUGCAAAUGUAUAAAUAAUCGUUUGUUUAUUUGUGAUCAUGUAUCUUAGAUAUAAUCGUUUAAUUUCUUGGCACAUCAAAUUUAUUAAAAUCUUAUUUUUUAUAAAUUAAUAAUUAAAGAAAUUGUAACUUAUGCUGAAUUUUUAGAUUAUUAAAUUUUCACAAAGUAAUACAACUGUUUAAAUGCCAUUUUAAUUAUAACUCAAAUAAUAUUUAGGAUUUAAAAUUAUUAUAAGCACCUAUAAUUUUAUUUUAAAUUCGAUAGAAAAAUAAUGAAAACUAAAUAUCUUAAAUUUAGUAUUGAUUAAAUAUUUUUGAUAUUUUUGACUUCGUGUUAGUGAUAUAAUAUUCAAAUAAUUGAUUAUUUUUAGGGGAACGUUCUAUUUUCCUUGUAUAUUCUCGUUAACCAUAACUCUAACGGAUAAAAUGGAAGGAAUAAUCAGUCGAUCUAUGUUCUCAGGUAAUUAAAUACAAUUAAAACUAUUUUUAUUUUAGAUUAUGUAUUAUAUUGCAAUAACGGAGAAUUCUGCUUGUCAGACAAGUGAUAAAGGGUUAGGUACAAUAUUUUACUAUCGCCUACCGUUUCCUCCCAAAAUAUUAGAAUAAAAUCUUAUUAUGGUUCUUGUGUGCGUAUUGCAGCUUCACAGUUCAACAUUUAUAAAUCAAAAUGUGAUCUAUCCGAUAUGCCGUUUUCCAUUUUCUCGUGUCGAUUUUUUCCCCCUGGUGUGGGUCUUCAACGACUUAAAAUUUAAGGAUUUCAUUUAGAACAUUAACUUCCUUAAAGCACUACCUAUUAGGUUUAAACACAGUGGAUAUGUUUUUUCAACGUAGUUGGUGUUGUUGCAAGCCGCUGUGACUACAACACGGUUGAAGAUAUAGAUUUUGUACGACGAGCUAUAGUAAGUAAUGUAAAUUGUGAUUCUUACACAACUGUCACUCAAAAACUACUAUGAAAUUAACAUAAAGCGCUUCCAGAGUGCUAUAACUUAAACAUUAUAUACUAAAUUGGCAUAUCCUGAUCAUAGAUAAUAUAGAAUAGAUAGGGCAUUAUUAUAAUAAAUACACAGCGACGGUAUAGUGUUUCCGAAGUAUAAGCAUAUAUCUCAUUUUCCCUAUUUAUGAGAACACUUAAUUCUAAUUUUUUCACUUGGGACGCUGGCAGUUAAAUUUUUAAGUAUCGAGUUCAUGAGUCACGAUUUUGAUUGUUAUUGGGCAACCUGUAUAUUUUAAAUCAUACAGAGCUACAAUAAUUGUCUAACCAUUUUUCCAAAAAAAGUUUAACACCCAUAAUUAUAACAAUAAUAAUACGUUUUAGGAGUCACGAUUGCCGAAGUAGUAAUGUCAUUAUUUUGCAUCAUGAACGUACUACUUAUACUCCAAAUGGCUAUACCAUUGUUUAUGGCGUACGUGUUAUAUGGCCGACCAAUAAUAAUUACCAACGGACUUGUCGCGUACACAGUUUUAAUGAUACUCGUGGGAUGGACAGGUUUUUUUUUUGGUAUGUAUUCCUAGGCAAUAAAACAAAAUACAAUAAAUCAUUAUAUUAUUGUAUAAGAAGGACAUAAUUUGCACGAUGGCUGCAGCCACUGAUGUUGGUGAGAAGUUGGGAGAAUAGGAUACAGAAAGAAAUUUAAUGUAUACCUGUAAGCAACUAUAAAACAUUGUUUACAAAAUCACGAUUCAGAGCGGAGUUCAGUUGACAGUGAUGUUUUGUCAAUAAUAUAAUUAUAUAAAUCAUUAUAUGGUAAAAUAAUUAAAUAAGCAUUAUAUAUUUUUCUUAAUAAUAUUUGUUUAUUAUUGUACCGACUUUCCUGUUUUUCCUAUGUUUUUCCCUAGUUUUUUUCUUCAUAUUUUUAUAUUUAUUGAGAAAACUUCUAGGAAAACCGAAAAAUGGCCUAUUUAAAGUACCUCGCUAGUCAGAUUUCAGGAAUUUUACAUUUCCGAGAUUUUUUUAUUUUUAGUUUUAUUUGAUUUCAUACGGAAAGCAUUGUUUUGGUUGAGUAGAGGUGUUGAACAUUAUAUUUAGUGGUAAAAAAAGCUGAACGUAAUGGAAUUAUUUUUUUAUUUUUUAUAAUUAUUUUAUGUUAAAAUGUUUUAUAUAAAUCGAAAAUUUAUGGCAUUUCAAAUAUAUUUUACCAAAAUUCAGAAUCUUAUUUUAUUAGCAAUUGUUUAUCAUUGCAUAUAGAUAUAAAUAACUAGUAACUUUAUGUAUCCUACCAAACCAACUUCCCACCUAAACCAUACUUAUCAGCAGUAUCAGCUAUUUUUUUUACUGCGUGAAAGGCAAAAUACAUGACGAAUAGGACUUCUCGGCCUUCAAAUUAUUUUGUUUAAAAUUGUAAUUUGUUAUAUAGGUAUAAUUUCUGCGUGUAUUUCGUCGUCAACGUUGGCUGCCAUUUACGCAGUAAACGGAUUUAAUUUCUGUCAAGCUAUACUAGCCGGUAAUUAUGUACAAAAUUUAAUUUUUCGUCUUUUUUUAUUUUAUACAUAUUUUAUUAUUAUUAUUUGUGAUAUAAACGACUUUUGUACUUAGGUGCUGCGUGGCCGGUAGAAGGACAGUUUCCGUUAUUGCAAUUUGUGUCCGAAUUGUGUCCCAUUCGUAUAGCCGGUAAUAUUAUGAACAAUAUAUCCUUGAGAGGUUGGACGUGGGAACACCCGAUGGUUGUUGCAAGCAUCUUGAAAAUGCUUAUUUACAACGUAAUGUUGUCAUUAAUUGUAUUUAUCCUAGUAAAAUUUAAAAAAGACGCAUGGAUUAAAAAAUGAUAAACCUAUGACCUAUAUGAUCGGUUACUUAGCUUACUUUUGACUUUUUAGGUCAAAAUGUUUACUAUAGAAAAACUGUAUUCAUUUACACAUUGUAAUGUUAUCAUAAUAUUUAAAUUACGUAAUUUUCAUUAGAAUACAUAUAAUUAAAAAUCGGAAAUAUAUAUAUAUUUGUAUUUGUACGUGGGAAGACAAUUUUGAAGUCUGCCACAGUUGUUACCAUGAAAAAAGAAGCCAACAUUUUUGAUAAUCAUUACGAUUUAUAAACAUUUAGAGUUUGAAAGUGGCGAUAAUUUUGACGGUGGUAAUUAAUAAAAAAAGGAAAGUUGUGUCUAGAAUCAAAGCAUGGUACAAAAAUAAAAUAUAAGAUAAAAGAGGUAAAAGAUAUAUCUCCUAAUAAUUCCUCCGAGCAAUAAAUUGUAUUGUUGAUAAUGUUUUAAAUAAAACAAAU